ACUGAAUCGUGUAUUCCAGUGUAAACAGUGGUGCGCUAUAGUCCUGCUGGUGGUGAACUUUUUUAGUCGUUGCACUCAUAGUUUUCAUAUUGUACCUUGACCAUCAUCUAAAACAAUAUAAUUAACAAUGGCAACCUGGGCAGGAAAGAAGUACAAGAUGGAGAAAUCGGAAGGAUUCGAUGAUUACAUGAAGGCCCUCGGUGUCGGCAUGGUGCUCCGCAAGCUCGGUAACAGUGUCACACCGACGGUCGAACUGAUCAAGGAAGGAGACGAAUACACCUUCAACACGCUGUCCACCUUCAAGAACACCACCAUCAAGUUCAAGCUGGGCGAAGAGUUCGAGGAGGAAACCGUUGAUGGUCGCAAGGUGAAAUCGGUGUGCACCUUCGAGGGCGACAAUAAACUUAUCCACGAGCAGAAGGGUGAAAAACCGACGACCAUCGUACGUGAGUUCACCGGUAACGAUUUGACUGCCACCAUGACCGCUGGAAGUGCCAAGUGCGUCCGAUACUACAAAGCCAUCUAAGCGCGACCAGCCGCCGUCGUCCAACAUCUUCUUCUUCUUCUUCUUCUUCCGCAUCUAAGACGUGACUAUGGUCACGCCAAAUCUUCCAUACUAAACAUCACACAUUCACGCUGGACGAAUCCUAGUCAUCAUCAUCAUCAUCAGCAUAAUUGCUCUUCUUCCGACGUACGACAUGGAACCUAUCAUCCUAAGGACGUCUAAGUACUAACGGGCCGACGCGCACACCAUGUUGCAAAAAAACGAAAAUUCUUACGAACGCAAGCCUUCUUGACCAUACGUUUGUAUCAAUUGUAGGAUAGGUACAAAACCAUCUUCGUUUUUUUUUUGGGCAAUUUUGUUUAUUAUUUUACAUUCUAUUAUUCUAUUUGUUGAAGUGAAUUGAAAUAUCAAAUUCUAGAUAUUAUUACUGUGAAGAAUGAUCGACCAGAAAGAGUUCAAAAUACAUUAUGAAGUAUAAUCGUAUCGGUUCUGGUUUCUUGUUUUAUUUCGUAUUCGUCAUUAUGUUCCUUAUAUUCUCAAAUACCUUACUGAUGUCGCCUUAAUCGAAAGUUCCAAUUUUUACCUAAAUGGACUACAAGCUGCCAUCAUGUACAAAUCUACCGAGAGCUUUGUGUUCAGCAUAAAUAGGAAUGAAACAAAUAA